CUUAUUAUUGAUUCUCUCUGAUUGGACUGUUUGUAAAACAAUCGAUUUACCUUAAUCUCAAGGGAGCGCUCAUGUCUUUCCCAAUCCAGUGAGUGGAGGAUUUCAGCACCACGCCUCUCUGGACAGCUCCUAUAACAGCACCUGCACGCAUGACUGUCGCUCUCACACACUCUGACACUCAUGGAAUAAGUGUGUCCAUGGAAUACUAGUCCAAAGAUUCUUCAAACAAGCUUCCCAUUUCUUCUGUGAGCCAUGACUGAGAGAAGACUCCUUCCACCGGAUGAUGACCAGGGUUCCCUGUUGUCCAGACUGGGCACCGACAGCCCUAAACCCCGAGUGAAGUUCGGGGGGAUGUUCUGUAACAUCGAAGGAGCUUAUGAGAAUAAAACCCUGAAUUUUGAGUCGUACAGCCCCAGUUCUGCCAGGAGAACCCCCCGGGGACGAGUGGACGAUCAGAGGGACAAUUUCAGCGACACGUCGAGCAUGAGUGAUUUCACCAGCGUGAGUCAAACAACCCCUCCGAACCGAACACAGUCCAGCCCGUCCUGCAGUUCACAGGGUCAGACCCUCGUUUACCCCACCGGACCCAGUCGCGUGCAUAACGGGCGGCGAGAGGGUGACAAACUCAUCAUUAAAGGUGGAAAAAUCGUAAAUGAUGACCAGUCAUUUUAUGCCGACAUUUACAUUGAAGAUGGAACCAUUAAGCAGAUUGGCGAGAACCUCAUCGUACCUGCUGGUGUGAAGACAGUGGAUGCCUAUGGGCACAUUGUGAUCCCAGGAGGCAUCGAUGUGAACACAUGUCUACAGGCCCCUCACCUGGGCAUGACCCCGGCAGACGACUUCUAUCAUGGCACCAGUGCUGCUCUGGCAGGAGGAACCACCAUGAUCAUUGACCAUGUUGUGCCUGAACCGGGUUCUAGUUUACUGGCAGCAUAUGACCAGUGGAGGGAUACGGCAGACAAGAGGUCGUGCUGUGAUUACUCCCUGCACAUCGACAUCACUCGCUGGCAUGAUGGGCUGUUUGAGGAGCUGGAGUCUCUGGUCAAAGAUAAAGGGGUCAACUCAUUUCUCAUCUUCAUGGCUUAUAAGGACAGGUACCAGAGCUCUGAUACACAGAUCUAUGAGAUGUUUAGUGCCAUGAGAGAACUGGGAGCCAUUGCACAGGUUCAUGCUGAAAACGGUGACAUCAUUGAUGAGGAACAGAAGAAGCUUUUGGAUCUGGGAAUCACUGGUCCAGAGGGACACGUACUGAGCCACCCAGAGGAGGUGGAGACUGAGGCUGUGUAUCGAGCCAUCACCAUUGCUAAACAGGCCAACUGCCCUCUCUACAUCACCAAGGUGAUGAGCAAACCUGCUGCUGAUGUCAUCGCCAAGGCCAGGAAAAAGGGCAUGGUCAUCUAUGGGGAACCAGUAGCAGCCAGCCUGGGCACAGACGGAUCGCACUACUGGAGCAAACACUGGGCUGAAGCUGCUGCGUUUGUCAUGUCUCCUCCUCUCAGCCCAGACACCAGCACUCCAGACUACCUCAGCUCACUGCUGUCCUGUGGGGAUCUUCAGGUAACCGGCAGUGCUCACUGCACCUUCACUACGGCACAGAAAGCUGUUGGAAAAGACGACUUCACCCUCAUCCCAGAGGGGACUAAUGGCAUUGAGGAGCGUAUGAGCAUCGUCUGGGAUAAAGCUGUGGCCACAGGUAAAAUGGACGAGAAUGAUUUUGUUGCAGUAACAAGCACAAACGCUGCAAAAAUCUUCAACAUGUAUCCUCGGAAAGGCCGGAUCGCUGUUGGAUCUGACGCCGACAUUGUGAUCUGGAACACCAAGGAGACAAAAAUCUUCUCUGCCAAAUCUCACAACCUGACAGUGGAAGUGAAUAUCUUUGAGGGAAUGGAGUGCCGAGGCUUUCCUGUAUUGGUCAUCAGUCAGGGCAGGAUCGUUCUGGAAGACGGGAAACUCAAUGUGACCGAGGGUUCAGGCCGCUUCAUCCCUAGAAAAGGCUAUCCCGACUAUGUCUACAAGAGAAUCAAGGCCCGGGGCAGGAUGGCUGAUGCCCGUGGUGUUCCUAGAGGAAACUAUGAUGGCCCCGUCCAUGAUGUCAUAAGUAUGACCAACUCUGUACCACCCACUCCCACCUCUAGGGGGCCCUCAUGUCCAGGAAAGAACCCACUGGGACCGUCCAGAAAUUUGCACCAAUCUGGGUUCACUUUAUCUGGCACUCAAAAGGAUGACCACAUCCCCCGGCGUACGGCACAGAGGAUCGUAGCGCCUCCUGGAGGCCGUUCCAAUAUCACAUCCCUCUCUUGAACUUCAUCCACCAGGGGAUCCAACCGCAACAGUUCGCCUCCUUCAGCUUCCAGUUUUAUAUUACCCGUAUCAUGCAAAUAAUUAACCCAAUAAAUCCAUACGCUCACUAUGACCCAAUAGGCUAUGCAGCAACUCAAUAUAGCUUUCCAUGAAUUCAUAUUCACUAUGUAAUCUGCCUCCUCCUCACUCAUAAUGUAGCAUGCUCCUCGAUCAGAGUCACCCAGAAUACAUUCUGCUUUAGCGUAGCAAUAGCAUCGAUGGCGUUAAGACGGCUAGUGAUUGUUGUGUGUUUGUGAACCACUGAAUGGAUCUCAUUCUACUCUAGUGCUGCCUUUAAACCAGUGCUUUCCUCCUGUGGCGAGACGUUUAAAGGGCAAGUGUGUUUUCUGCACCGGUAGUGUGGCAAGACUGACAUACUUCCCCUUUAAGAGGCUGUGCUCUGUCAUUGUGCUUUAAAGAAAAAUGAGGGUCUUAGUGAUAAGAUAUUAAAAAUAAAGCGUUAUCGUUCGGUUCGUCAAUGUUUUAUCUAAGAAUAGAGCAAAAAAAAAAAUGGAUUGCAGACCUCUGCGUCUAACUGCAUUCACGAUUUACUGUUGGUUUUGAGAAGUAAGAUGUCAUCGAGCUGAGACUCAUCACAGAUGCAGCAAUCAAUGCAUUUUUUGUACGUUUCUAAGAGAACGUUUGGUGCUCUCGAUCUAUAGAUCAAACACAUGCCAAUGUGUCACUUUUUGAAUCCAGAUGAAAGUUUUUAAUUCUUUUGAGUUUUAUAUUCCUGUAAUGCAACAGUCUUUUGUAGUCUUAACCAGUAUUUGCUGGAAUCCUCCAUAUUAGAUGUACUGUAAUUUUCGUGUGAUAUUUCAGAGUUGAAGGUGAAGGUCGGUGAAGCUGAGAGAAAGAGAUCAGUGGAUUGUCUUUUCUACCUUCUUGUUCAUUCUGUAAAUA